CAGGUUAACAACUUACAUUAGUAUUUUUGCUUAUCACUUUAAUUCAAACUAUACAAUUUUUAAAAAUAUUUAUUAAAAAUAAGGGGAAUUAAUGUGUUUUCACCUGAGACUAGAGAGAUCCGCCACCGUUUUUAUUCAACUGUCCACAUGGCAUUAAGAGAAAGAGAGAUAUAAUUAGGAAAAGAGAGAUUAUGGGGCAGCAACAGAUGCAGCAACGCUAGAAAGCAGCGUCUGCCCAAUUAACACAGUGCCACAUAAUUAAAUUGGACAUUUCGGCCGAGGGCUCUUGGCACGACGACUUUGGCGCGCUGAAUCAGAGAUUUCAAAUAUGAAAAUAUUCGAAACACCUGGCAAUACUGACAGGUAACAAUGCUACCUGGAGCUCGGCUUGCCGGACAGCUGUGAAAGCAGUAUAGUCAUAUACAGUCGCGAUCGAGAGAUAAAGCCGACACAGCAGUGGUCCUGCUUACUCCCAGUACACCUCACCUUUGGGGCCGAUGUAAACAAGAGUAUUGAAGAGUAACAGCAACAGUUGUGAGGGGUCGAUUAGUCAACGGAACACCCGUUGCCGAGAGCAACACCAACAACAAAGAGGCAGAAGAAGAAGACUCACCAGCACAUUUUGUUCUGAGCUGCGCUUGAAAAAAAAAGAAUGUUAAGCGGGAUAAGAGAAUAAAUGUUUAAUUUGCUUAAAUUGGGUGCCCGUGAAAAAGUGUUUAAUUAGCCCCAAUCAAGGCGGAAGCCGUCUGCCCGGCCCGGAGGGUUUCUGUUCUUCACUCGCCAUUUGUACGCCAUGCAGCUGGGAGCGCGCGGAUUUGGAAGCGGACACCGCCCAGUUCUGCCAAAGAGUUGGUUCACCUGCCUCGUGGCCAUAGCCUGCAUUCUUCCAGUAGUUUUCUCGAUUCCCGAGGAAAACCCUGUUUACUACUAUGUAGGAUGCUACACUGCCCGCACAGAUCUGCUCCGGGAGUCGGUCUACGCCAAGGAACCCCGGACCUGCAUCGAAAUCUGCGAGCACGAGAACCAUCGCUAUGCUGUCCUGGUGUCGGAGAAGUGCUUCUGUUCUGAUGUCCUGGCAGAGGAUGAACAGCAGGACGAGAGACUGUGCAACAACCGCUGUUUGGCCAAUAAGGCUCAGUAUUGCGGCGGAGUGGGUGUCCACUCGUACUACUCCACCACCCUGACCAAGCAGCCCGCUCCCCACCACCUAAGAGUGGCUAAUCGCAGCGAGAACAGCUUAACCGUCGCCUGGGAUGCAUACGAAUCCAAGAAACUCCUCCUUGCCGGAGCAGCGGAAGCUGUCCUGCCGGAGCGGAAAAUUGAAAAGUUUCUUAUUCGUGCAGAGAUUGUGAGGACGUACUCUUCGCUGCCCGCUUUUCCGCAGCCUGAGUUUUUGGUGCAGAGCACGGAGACCCGAUUCGAGGUCACGGAUCUGCACCCGGCCACGCUGUACAACAUUUCCGUUCGAGCCAUUUGCAGCGAGAAGCAGCUGGAUCAGACUGAAUGUGGCCAAGCUUCGGUGGAAGCCAACACGGAGGUGGGUGUGCCCAGUCCUCCCCCGGGCCAACCCAAAAUCCUUAGCGAUACUGGCACCACAAUGACAGUGGAGAUUUCCCCCAUUCGGAAUGACAAUGGCCCCGUGACCCAGGUGCUAAUCAUCGUGGAGUAUGUGGAUGAUUCUCUGAGCCAGCCCUUUGACUCGCAGUUAUUGGGCAGCUGGCAGCAAGCGCAGCAGUACGGAGUGCCCUACUACAUAGCCGCGGAGCUGGACUACGACCGACCGGAGGACAAUCGCACCCGUCGCUUCAAAGUUGGCGACGGUAAGCGGUAUGGACGCUUCCAAAACGCACCUUUAGAGCAGGCUGGAGCCCAUGUUCACAUCAGCUUGGGAGUGGUAAGCACUCUGGAUGGCAUUACCAAGACCCUGUACACUCGGGGAACCCACGACCAACAUGUCACCUCGCUGGACGACUUCAGCUAUGCCACCUUCGACAAAGGUCAGUCCUCGGUGGUGGCCCUGGCAGUCACAUGCGUGGUAUUUGGAACAUGCCUGCUACUGAGCCUCAUCGCCUACUUCUAUCUGCGCUACAAGACCUGCCGGGGGAGAAGGUUAACUGGUCGGAAUGGCCACGAGAUGACUCUGCAAACGCCAAUCAUCGAACGGGAGAAUAAUGGCUACCUGGUCGAGGAUGAACCAAUGCCCCACUCGCCAGAGAACUUCAAACAGCAGCUGCAACAGCUUGUGGAGGGGUUUGAGAGGAUUCCGAGGAACGCUCUUCGCCUGAAUGUCAACGACGUGAUCGGAGACGGUGACUUCGGAGAAAUUAUUACUGGCAAGUUACUGACUCAUGACACGGCCAGGGAAUGCGCCCUUCAUGUGCUCUCCUUGGAUGAACUGAACGGAACUACACAGGCGAAAUUGCUGAGGGAACUGCGGCAACUGUCUUACCUCAAGCGGCAGGAACACCUCUUGGACUUCUACGGAGUAUCCGCCAGUCCUGACUGGUUCUACCUAAUCUUUGAGCAUCAGCGCGUGAGCCUCAAGAGGCGGCUGGUUGAGAGCCGACUGAUGGCGCCUUCGCCUCGUUUGACAUCUCUCUCCGAGCAGCUUGUUCUGCAGUGGAUUUAUGAGCUCGCCAGUGCCAUGACCUACUUGCUCAACUGCCAGGUGGUGCACCGACAGCUCUGCUCGCACAGUGUCUUCGUAACAAAUGAAUCCAAGCUGAAGCUGAGCGUCUUUGGGCCACUUCAGUACAUGAACAGCAGCCGGCAACAGGGGGAUCAUAGUAGAUGGCUGGCGCCGGAGGUGCUGCGCCACCAACAGCACCAUUCUGUGCGCUCCGACGUGUGGUCGCUGGCCUGUGUGGCCUGGGAGUGCUGCUCCCUGGGCGGAACGCCCUAUGCUAACGUCGUGGCUAAUAACCAUCAGCUGCUGGAGGUCAUCCGGGCAGGAGUUCGUCCAGCCCAGCCGGCGUACGUCUAUGGGGAUCUCUACCAGCUCUUACUCAACUGCUGGCAGUUGGAGCCGAGUGAGCGCAGCAGCUGCGAGGACGUGGCCUUCGGAGCACGUCAGCUCAUGACCUCACCUCGGCAUGCCCUCAGCUUCGAUCGGGUUGCGGGCGGAUUAGACACCCUGCCUCCCUACUUGCCGCAGCUGGAAACCGUACCGAUGAUGGGAUAGUAUAUCCGAUAGAAAUAAGCUUUAGUCAGUGAGAGAGCGAGAGAUUAUUCGCACACAGUGGAAUGCUGCUGUGAGUCACUAAUAGAAUCUCUCCCCAGUUUGGAUAUUUGUUUAUUUUGCUCUCGGAAUUCAAGAACUUUUGUUUGAAUUUGUUGCACUUAGGCAGUCUUUUAUUUAUUUUAAUUAGUUGCUACCUUAACUGCAAUGGUUAGGGCCAAUCUAGUAAGCAAGAUAACUUUUAUGAAAAGCAUUCCUUUAGUUAGCUACUUCGAAUAAUAGUAUUUUAUUCUUAAUUUGAGUCGCACAAUCUACUUAUGUACAUAUUAACGUGAAAUCCAUUGACUUUUGAAGCAAUAAAAACCAUGUUGAAGUCA